AUGAAAAUAUGAAAUGGACGCAAGAAGAACAUAACAUAACGGAUGUAACAUUCGGUUGGUUAGAUGUCUGGAAACCAGUACUGCGUGUAGAUAACCCUCAUGCUGAUUCUUCUAACAGACAGGCUACUGAUCGCUCGUUUGACUCCGUCAUCUAUAACUCAACCGGAUCGGCAUGGUUUGAUGAAAUGAUGGUCACGAGAACAACGUGCGACCUUGACAUGACCUACUAUCCAUUUGAUAUUCAAACGUGCAUUAUCAAACUGAGCGUUGUUGGGGCGUCCAAGUUUCCAUUCAAGCUAAAUAUACAUCUAAAUGAGGACUUGUCAUCUUCAGAUGCCAAACAUGGAUCGUGGAAGCUGGUUUACAAGAAUACCACAACAGCGUUGUUUAAAGGAAGUUUUGAGAUUAAACUCAAAUUUGAAAGGCGACCAUUGUUCAUCCUGCUUAAUAUUCUUCUUCCUAUUAUUGUUCUUGCUUUGCUUACUCCAACAGUGUUUAUUUUGCCAAAGAAAUCCGGCGAAAGAGUUGGAUUUUCCAUUACAAUGUUACUUGCAAUAUCUGUAUACAUGACAAUAGUGAGCGACCAUCUCCCACAAAAUUCAGAACCUAUGCCACUUAUUUUGAUCAUGAUGUUUAUAUGGUACAUUAUGGACGCUAUAAUUGUGUUUAUUGUAAUAAUAAACUUAAGAAUCAACACAAUGAAAAAUAAAGGUCAUUUUCCAAAUUGUUUAUUCAAGUUUGUACGGCUGACUCGCAAGGUCUUUCGCAGAAAGGAAACACGUUCUACAGAAACUGGCUCAUCGGAAGAAACCCAGAAAUGUAUCAAUAAAGAAAAGGCUCGUGAUAAUAAAAAUGUCAACCAAAAAGGGCUACGAGGACAGGAUGAAAACGAAUGUAAUCAUGAAGUUAGCAAGAAUGUAACAUGGCAAGAUGUUAGCCACUGUAUCGACAGAUGGUGUUUUGUUCUUGUUAUUUUAUUAAGGUUACACUGCCCAUCGUAUUCUUUGUAGUCAUGAAAUCUAAAAGUACUGUGUAAGUAAAUGUUCCGCAUAAAUAUUCCUACAAUAACAUAGCCUAUUAAUCAUCAGACUGCAAGUAAUAAUGACGUAGGGUAAUCAAAUUCUAAUCAUUACUGAAAACAAAAAUAAAAAGUAGCCAUUGUAUUCAAAUUGUUACUUUCUUAGAGUAUUAUUCAUUAAGUCAGCGAGACUUACUGCUUACUAUUUUUUGUCUUUCUCCAUGUACAAAUUAUAGUUGUCAAGUGGUAAAAUCAAUGUGUAGGUGGAACAUGUGUCUCGAGAAUCGUACAUGCCAAUUCACUGUUCCUGGAGCAACACGUUGUAAAGUUUUGGCCUGUGAACAAUUUUUAAAUGUCUAGUUGAUGAUUGUUUAUAAAGGAUACUGCAGAAAAAAUAUUUCAAAAAUAUUUUAACAGACAUCAAUAUACUGGCCUUCCAUAUAUGUGAUUGGUUGCAUCUGUUAACAUUAAAAACAUACAAAAAUAAUUUCAAACAACAUUUGUUCAUGUUAAAAUAUGUUCUACCCGUUUUAAUAUACUAUGACGCCGUUUACUUUUUGUUGCUGUUGUUUAUUGCCUUUAAUGUUGGCUAGUGCCUGUUGGAUGGAUAAAUCGGAAGCUUUUAAAUACAUUGAUAUUUUUGGA